AUGAAGAGGCAGAGAAGUUUCUCUUUUAAACCCACUAGAUCCUUAGUAAUUUACUUCACCAUCUCUUCCUCUAUCACUUUUCUCAUUUCCAUUAUCAUUUGGGUCAACAAAACCAAUACUCCUUCAGUCCCCCAAGAAACAGCUGUUCAGACUUUGACUAGUAAUUGUAAUCCAAAUAUUUCAGUACUAAAUGGUCUGGAAGAUUCAAUCUUGAAGUUGAAUGCUACACCCUCCAUUCAACCUGAUGAAAAUGCUUCUGGCUUUUCUGGGAUUAAUUCAAUUAUUAGUAGUGGGUUACAGACGAAGGAGAACCAAUCCCAAGUGGCGCAACAUGAUGAAGAAGACAGGGGUGGCGAUGAGUUAGAUAAUGCUAACUUCACAGCAGUGGCACAAAGUGCACCUGCUGCAAUCUUAUUUGGGCCAGAAGAGCAAAAUGCCCCAUUGAUGAACAUGACUGAAGAGCAAAAUGCUGCUUCUGGCUUUUCUGGGGUUAAUUCACUUAUUAGUGGAUUACAGGGGAAGGAGAACGAAUCCCAAGUGGCACAAAAUGGUUUACAUCAUGAAGAAGAAGACAGAGUCAGCGGUGAGUUAGAUAGGAACUUCACAGAUACUGCACAGAGUGCACCUGCAAUCUUAUUUGACAAGACUGAGGUCAAGACUGAAGAGCAAAAUGCACCAUUGAUGAACAAGACUAAAGAGAAAAAUGCUACUUCUGACCUUUCUGGGAUAAAUUCACUUACUAGUAGAUUACAGAGGUUGGAGAACGAAUCCCAAGUGGCACAGAAUGGUUUACAUCAUGAUGAAGAAGACAGAGUUGGCGGUGAGUUAGAUGGUAACUUCACAACAGUGGCACAAAGUGCACCCCCUGCAAUCUUAUUUGACAAGAUUGAGAUGAGGACCGAAGAGCAAAAUGCUCCAUUGAUGAACAAGACUGAUGAAGAGCAAAAUGCUCCAUUUUUGAACAAGGCCGAAGAGCAAAAUGCUGCGUUGAGUAAAAACAUUGAAGGGAAAAGUAGAAAGAGGAGGGGAAGGAAGAAGAAGACCAGAGCAACUUCAUUUGAAAAUACUCAAACUUCAAGUAGCAGGUUUGUUGAAGAAAAGAGAAUAAUAAAAGGAGGAUGUGAUUUUACAAGAGGGAGGUGGGUCUAUGAUAAGAGCUAUCCGUUGUACACAAAUGGUUCUUGUCCUUUCAUAGAAAAGAGUUUUAAUUGUCUAGGUAAUGGAAGAUUAGACGAAAACUUCAUGAAGUGGAGGUGGCAACCAGAAGAUUGUGACAUUCCAAGGUUCGAUGCAACAAAAAUGCUGGAAUUGAUGAGAGGGAAAAGGCUAGUUUUUGUGGGAGAUUCACUCAAUAGGAAUCAAUGGGAAUCCAUGGUGUGCAUGCUAAUGGGAGCUAAAAGAGGGCGCAGAAUCACCCAAGGGAAGGGCAAGUAUAAUUACAACUUCAUGGACUACAAGUGUACAGUUGAAUUUUAUACGUCCCCUUUCUUGGUUUAUCAAGGUAUGGCACGAGCAGGGAAGAAGCAGGUGAAAACCUUGCAAAUUGAUUCCAUGGAUCGCACUUCUUCUAAAUGGACAGGAGCUGAUAUUUUGGUAUUCAACACAGCACAUUGGUGGAACGAUCACAAGACGAAUGCUGG